AUGAAGGCUACCAGAAGUAACGACUUUUUCAGACUUGGUGUACUGUCGUGUUUCUUUUUGCUGUUGUCAGCUUUCACGCGUGCGGCCCACAAAAUGUCUAUUUCCCCUUCACAUCUCGGUGUUUUGCCAACAGAGCAGAAUCGCCGAAGUCGCCACACAAAACAGAGGAAUUCAAACAGUAAUACGCUCCCAGAAAAACAAGCCGAGGACCAAAGUCUGCUGUUCAUGUGGAGUCUGUACAGAAAAGCGGCAGAUUUAGAUGGUAGGCCGAAGCAACACAAAUUGUUUGGCUCCAACACCGUCAGACUGAUCCGUGCGUCUGCCACCAGAAAGCAGUUCCAUGCAUCACUAUAUGACCUGCUGUAUACCUACACCGUAGAGUAUGAACUGGAAAACCUUCCACUGGACAAAGUGAUGAGGGCAUCUUUUGUUCACAUGAGGUCACCUGUGGCACUGUAUCCUCCUGUUAUGUGUGAGGCUAGAGUCUCAUCCUCACAGCAUGCCAGUCACACAGAUGUCGUUACACUGGGUCCUCAAAGCCUGUGGACUGAAUCUGAUGUCACAUCCUAUGUGUCUCAGUUUAAGGGCAGCCAGUUCAUCCUCUUCAUUCAGUACAAAUGCUUGAAACCUGGCCAAUUUCAAUCCAGCGUAAGGCACAGGGCACAGAUGAAACGGUUCCCACCGCAAAACCACUUGAGAGCCCCUGCUUUGCUUCUCUUCCUGGAAGAAGAGGGACAACCUGUGGAAUGGGCGAAACAUGCCAAAGCCCCUUCCCACUCCGGCACGAGGUUCCGCCGGUCCAGAGAGCCCGGCAGCAUCGUUUCCGACAUCCCCAACUACAAGCGGGACAAAAACAGCGUGGCCAAGAACCAGUGCAAGCUGCACUCCUACCGUGUCACCUUCCGCGACCUGGGCUGGGACCACUGGAUCAUUGCGCCACACAUGUACAACCCUCGCUACUGCAUGGGCGACUGUCCCCGCAUACUGCAUUACGGCUACAACUCGCCCAACCACGCCAUUGUUCAGACCUUCAUCAGUGAGCUUGGCGUGGCCGACGUACCACUCCCUUCCUGCGUACCAUACAAAUACAAACCAAUCAGUGUGCUGAUGAUGGAGAAAAAUGGCAGUAUCGUCUAUAAAGAAUAUGAAGACAUGAUAGCAGAGUCCUGCACCUGUAGAUGA